ACUGGAGAUGCAGAACUACGGCCACAUUUCCAUAAUUCCAUUCCCAGUGGGAAAUGAAAGUAAAAGCAUGGACAAGGAAUUCCUCAUGCUCUGCAACUUAGAACAGAUUCCUUGCAAUACCAAUCGUUUUGCCGCUUCCACAUGCACUUGAAUUUCACAAGCUCUGAUCUUGAUUAAUCCAUGGUUAGAAAGCACUCCCAUUUCUGUAUCAAACUCCCUGACGAGCUUCAAAGUUUAUAAGCCUCCAUAUACUUCCAUAGGUGGGUUUUGGAAAGUUUUACAGUGCUUCUGAAUCUACCAUAAGAGUUCGUUCCCAUGCUCUUUGAGAAUGGCUUUUCAAGGUAAGGGAUGAGAAUGGGUUGGGUUCGAUCUGUUCAUCAGCAAUAUUAACUUCAUGAUGGGCCUGAUGUCACCGAUUAAACCCACGUGGGCUUCACCGGCCCAUUUUGUACAGUUCGGGGAUCACUCCAGGGUUUAUCAAAAAAACCUAAAACCCCGACAAGAAGCAGGGAAACCUGGAGCCAUGGCGAUCUUUCUUAGACGCGCAUUCUCCAGUCGGAACAUCCUUCUACUCCGAAGUAGCUCCCCCCUUCAUGGCCGCGAGCUCUCUCAUAUGAUUAGCUACACUACCAACAAUGCCCGCAACUCAGAGACUCACCACAGGAUUCCCACUCUUCCGGCCGUUGAUUUUCUCAGAGAGUGUCGCAGAGGCUUCGCCAAAGGACGUAAAUCAAAGGAUGAUGACGCUGCAAGCAAUAUUGAUGUUUCACCUGAUAUUGGACCCACUAUUAAGGCAAAUGCUUCUGCACAGAUGGAGGCUGCAAUAGGUGCAUUAUCAGGAGAGUUGAAUAAACUAAGAACAGGAAGGGCAUCUCCAGGGAUGCUUGACCACAUUAUUGUAGAAACUGAUGAUGUGAAGAUGCCCUUGAGUCAUUUAGCUGUUGUUUCAGUCAUGGAUUCCAAAACAUUAUCAGUAAAUCCUUAUGAUCCAAAUACCUUAAAAAAAUUAGAGAGCGCGAUUGUUGCUUCUCCAUUAGGCUUAAGUCCCAAAGUGGAUGGUGAGCGGCUGAUUGCAAUUAUUCCACCAUUGACGAAAGAGCAUAUACAGGCUGUAUGUAAGGUGGUUACCAAGUCUUGUGAAGAUGCCAGGCAAAGUAUAAGAAGGGCUCGCCAGAAGGCAAUGGAUACAGUAAAGAAAUUAUAUUCACAUGCCCCCAAGGAUGAUCUGAAGAAAUUAGAGAAAGAGGUUGAUGAGCUGACCAAAAAAUUUGUUAAGUCCGCAGAAGAUAUGUGCAAGUCAAAGGAAAAAGAGAUCACUGGAGGGUGAGAGGUGGUCUAACCGUCUCUAUUUCUGCAAGAUUACACAGCUUUUGGAACUCUCAACUUAGUGAAGCCUUUGGUAUAAAAAAUUUUGGGUGAUCGAAUUCCAUGAUAAAGUGAGCUUUUUUCAAAAGUCCAUCCGUCAGAGUUUGCAUUUGGAUGGCAGUUUCAAUAUAAAAAUCCAGUAGAAAUCUUUUUUAAUGUGAAGAAUUUCGCUUAUAUUUUGAAAAAUAUUCUGAAGGCAAUUGGCAAUGAUUUGUAUGGCGUUAACCUCCCA